GGCGGCGGGGUAUGGCUACCGGGUGGUGGUUGUGGCGGGGCGGGCGGCGGGCGCUGAGCGCCUCCGGUGAACAUGGAGCCGCGUCCGCCGGCGGCCGAGCCCGGACCCGAGCCCCUGCUCCCCCGGGGGCCGCGGCGGGACGGGCCGGAGCCGGAGCUGGAGCCGGAUCUCUGGGCACCUGAGGCCGCCGAGCCCGCCCCGGGGCCGCCGCCGUGGUCCCUGCCGGAGGAGGAGGGGGGCUGCCCGCCCGCGGAGGGCCCCGCCGAGCCCCCGGCCCCUUGUGAAGAGGAGGAGGAGGAGGAGCCGCGCCUCCGCCCUGUCUUCGACGCCCUGGACCGGGAUGGUGAUGGCUUCGUGCGGGUGGAGGAGUUCGUCCAGUUCGCCACGGCCUACGGCGCCGAGCAGGUAAAGGACCUAACGAAGUACCUCGAUCCGAGUGGACUUGGAGUCAUCAGCUUCGAAGAUUUCCUUCGGGGGAUCAGAGCUAUCAAAAAUGGAGAUCCCGACAGCCAGUUGUAUGAUAUGGGAUAUACCCCUGAGGAGGAAGCCCCGGCCUGUCCUGAUGAGUUUGAUGACUUUGUCACGUUUGAGGCAAAUGAGGUGACUGACAGUGCUUACAUGGGCUCCGAGAGCACCUACAGCGAGUGCGAGACCUUCACGGACGAAGACACCAGCACCCUCGUGCACCACGAGAUGCACGACGAGGUAGAAACGGACAGUGCCAUCGACUCCACCGUGCACUCGGAAUUCACCGACCCCAUCGAGGAGCCGGAGCACGGGUCUCAUCCCCACGACCUGCCCCUGGGCUCGGACCUGGGCCACUCCAUCGUGACGGUCAUAAGCGGAGAGGAGCACUUUGAGGAUUACGGGGAAGGGAACGAAGCGGAUUUGUUCGCGGACGGCUUGUGUAAUGGGGAAAGCAGCUUUAGCAGCUCCUCCUUCCUCUCUCCCAGCACCAAUCCGCUCGCUGCGAAACUGCACAGCAUUAUCGCAGAUGAAGCUUUUGAGUUUUACUGUAGCCAGUGCCACAAACAAAUCAACCGCCUCGAGGAUCUUUCUGCUCGCCUGAAUGAUCUUGAAAUGAAUAGUCCCAAUAAAAGACUCUCAAGCAAGAAGGUGGCAAGACAGUUGCAUCAGACCAGCGCGCUGGCCGUGGGGGUGAUGGAGGACUCUUACCGGGACACGCUGGAGUGUACAGAAGAGGACAUCACGGACAAGGUGGUCUUUCUGGAGAAGCGGGUGACGGAGCUGGAGAAGGACACGGCUGCUAAUGGUGAGCAGCACAGCCGCCUCAAGCAGGAAAACCUGCAGCUCGUGCACAGAGCCAACGCUCUCGAGGAACAGCUGAAGGAGCAGGAGCUGAGGGCCGACCAGACCCUCCUGGAGGAGAUCAAGAAGCAGAGGGAACUGCUGAGCAAAAUGGAGAGGGAGAAGAGCAUCGAGAUUGAGAACCUGCAGGCCAGGCUGCAGCAGCUGGAUGAUGAGAACAGCGAGCUGAGAUCCUGUGUCCCUUGUUUAAAAGCCAACAUUGAGAGGCUGGAGGAGGAGAAGCAGAAGCUGCUGGAUGAGAUCGAGGACCUCACGGUGCAGCUGACGGAGGAGCAGGAGAAAAAGAGGAAGAUGGGGGACAAGCUGAGUCAGGAGAGGCACCAGUUUCAGAAGGAGAAGGAGUCGACGCAGGAGCUCAUUGAGGACCUCAGGAAACAGCUGGAGCACUUGCAGCUCUUCAAACUGGAAGCGGAGCAGCGGAGAGGCCGGAGCAGCAGCGUGGGGCUCCAGGAGUACAACAGCAGGACGCGGGAAACCGAGCUGGAGCAAGAGAUCAAGCAGCUCAAGCAGGACAACAGGAACCUGAAGGAGCAGAACGACGAGCUGAACGGACAGAUCAUUAACUUGAGCAUCCAGGGAGCCAAGAACCUCUUCUCAGCCUCCUUCUCUGAAUCCCUGGCAGCGGAGAUCAGCUCGGUCUCCAGAGAUGAGCUCAUGGAAGCCAUUCAGAAGCAAGAGGAGAUCAACUUCCGCCUGCAGGACUACAUCGACAGGAUCAUCGUGGCCAUCAUGGAGACCAAUCCCUCCAUCCUGGAAGUGAAGUAAGGGCGAGCCGAGAGCCGCCGGCUGUGCGCUCGUCCACGGGUGUGGAUUUGGUGCUCUGAGAGGAUGAAAGGGGACUGGAAACGUCUUUGCUCUUGAUGAAGGCACAAGGAAAGCGUCGCCUCGGACCGGCGGGCGGAUCAGCCAGCGGACCAGGGACAAAAAAGAAAACCAGCAGCAAGGCUUUGGUGUCUGACUCCAUUAUUUUGAAGCCCCUUCUGGUUUUGAGGGGCGAAAGGGAACCUGGAGAAGAAACGCAGGCAACGGACGGCUGGAGGAAGGACCUGCAUCGGCCCCGCUACGCGUGAAGCCGGGGACUGUCCCGAGGGCGGGCUCAGAGCCUCCAGAGCGUGGGGAGAGGGUUUCUCCCAACUGCGGGAUAACGGGACGGGGACGGAAGCGCCGGAGCCGACGUUUUCCCCGUCCAGCCCAAGGAUCUGCUUUGCCAAAGUGUCCCCGACACACUCACUCACUGGGGCAGACCUGGGAAAGAGGGAAACGACGUGUCCCCGGACUCACAGAGGUGGUUUGUGGGUUUGGUUUUUGUUGUUGUUUGGGUUUUGUUUUUUUGGGUUUUUUUGUUUUGAGUUUUGUUUUUUUUUUUUAAUUAACUUAAUGCAAAUGUCCUCAUUCAGCUGGCACGGUUCCUCCUUGCCCUGCCCGGGGUUGUGUGCGGAGCGCGCUGGCUCCUCGCUCUCUGGCCGGUGGCAGGAAGAGGCAGGGGAGCAGCUGGUGUUUUUGGGGACAGGGCGUUAAGCGCACUUUGUCACCUGCCUCCUUAUUUAUUUUAUUAUUAUUAUUAUUUCUUUUUGCUCUGUGGCUCACUACCGUCGGCACGCCGUGGCAUUCCCGGCUCCGCUGCCCUUCUCCUGGCUCUGGGGUUCCUCUGUGGGCAUCCAUGGGGCCAGGCUGGCUCUGGGAGGAGAGGUCCCCUCUGUCCCCAGCUGUGGCUGCAGGGGUGCUGUCUAUCUGUCUGUCUGUCUGUCUGUCCAGCCUGCAGGGACCGGGGAAAGGCUGCGACUCUUCAACUUUGCACUGGAGGCUGGUCCUGACCACCUCUCCCUGUCACCGGUGGCCGAGGGUGGUCAGGGUGAGGUCUGGGAAGCCCCAGAAGAAAGGGGUGAGCUCGCCACCUUGCCUCCCAAGGUCCUCCCAAGGCUUGGGGACUGUGCCAUUGCCACCCGGAGCAGGGCUCUGCUGGUGACAGCCGCGGUCCUGGAGGGGAGAGCCCGCUCCCCCUGCCUUUCCCUGCGCUGGGGCCGGGGCCGGAGCCGCUGCCCUCCUUUCUCCAGAGCCCCCUCGGCAUCACCCCGGGCUCAAAUCUCCCUGCCCUUUUUGGGGGAGAGGAGACCAGAGACUCCGACAGCAGCUCCCUGGGAAACAAAAGCCAUGUUUACAUCAGACAGCUUUUGGCUCGCUGGCCCCAGCCGCCGUGGCGUGAGCGUGACCCCGGGGAGCAGCCGCUUCCACCAACCCCUUCCUUCCUCUCCAGCUCCUGGGGAUCCGGCUUCCUUUAGUACAUCAGGCCCCCCCAAAAAAGCCGUUUCUUUUUUCCUGCUUGGCAGGUUUGAGAAGUGCCGGGGUGGCCUGGAAAAGAGAAGUCAGGGCCAUCCCUUGGCCACUGCGUCCCCGCUCCUCCCCAAAAGGCUUCCACGCGGCGGCACAUCUCUCUCUCUCUCUCUCUUCCCUCGGUGGCAGAGCAGCCCUGUGUCCCUGCAGGGAGAGGUGGCAGCUGCCCCAGCCUUACUCCCUUUUUUGGGGGGGUCCCUGGUGGCUCCCGGGUCCCCUGAGCUGGUGGCCCUGGGGGAAAUCAGCCAAAACCCAGAGCCGGUCGAGCCCCUCCAUCACCAUCACCCUCCCUCUCCCACCUCUGGGUGCUCAAACCCCUCCAUGGCCUUGGGCGAGGUGGGGGCGAACCCCAAAAAUCCUUGGGGGGGGGGGGGGGGGAGGGAACAACCCAUCCUAUCCCCCCCCCUGGCAUUUUUCCCCCCCCUCCCUGCCCCGAGUCCGCGGGAAGAAGCCACGUAAAUGUACAUUUCCAGAGAAGCUUUUGGGUGUAAAUCAGUGUAAACUUGGAGAGGGAAAAUUUUUCUAUCUUGUAGAGUAGGUAUUUUUAUAGAAUGAAGGUUGAUCAUUUUUUUAAUACUUUAAAAAAAAGAAGAGAGAAAUGUAUCUGUGUAUACACAAAAGCAUAUAUAUAUAUAUAUAUAUGUACAAAUAUAUAAAUAUCGGAGAUCUGCCUUUUCUCGACUCGGGAUCCCGGAUCCCCAGGUCAAACAAUUGUCUUUUUUCCUGUCGCUCACCCAGAGGUACUGUAACUGUAAAUAAGCACCGGGAAAAAGUUUUAAGCAAACAAAGCACUGACUUGCACAUUCACCAUGCUUUAAAGUCCCUAUGGAGAAAAAAAAAAAAAAAUAAUACAAAAAAACAAACAAACAAACAAACAACAAAAAAAAAUCCCCAACCUGUACUUCCCAAAAAUGUUCCCUCUUUCCCCACCGCUCUGUGAAGGAAGUUCUCCCUCCACCCCACCCCCCCCCUCAUAAAAAAAAGAGGCAAAAACAGCAUUGUCUUAAAUGAUGUAUCGAUUCUUGUCGGAUUAAAAGCUGUUACUAUUCCUG